UCGCGGCUCUCUAGGCCACCGCUAACUCUGUGGUGACGGUGGCCGAAGUGGCUGUCUGGUCUGAAAGGAGUGGCGGGAGCCGCUCCGCUUCCUGCCCAGCUAACCGGGAGGCGAGGCUCGCUCCCCCGGUGACCUGGCUGCGAAGGGCUCUCGGGCGUCCAGACCCCGCCACAGAGGUGUCUCGCGAUCCGCAGCAGCAAGUGUUGGCACUGGGAACAUCCCUUGGGGACAGAUGUACAGUGGACGAUGCCCCUUCUAACUCCACAGAUCCAAGAUGAGAAUGAUUACAGCUUAGUGGCCAGUCUUGACAACGUUAGGAAUCUCUCCACUAUCUUGAAGGCUAUUCAUUUCCGAGAACACGCUACCUGUUUCGCUACGAAAAAUGGAAUCAAGGUUACAGUGGAAAAUGCAAAGUGUGUGCAAGCAAAUGCUUUUAUCCAGGCUGGAAUAUUUCAAGAGUUUAUAGUUCAGGAAGAGUCUGUUACUUUUCGAAUAAAUUUAACUGUCCUUUUAGACUGUUUAUCUAUAUUUGGAUCAAGUCCUAUGCCAGGCACUUUAACUGCACUGCGGAUGUGUUACCAAGGUUAUGGUUACCCUUUGAUGCUCUUUCUGGAAGAAGGAGGGGUGGUGACAGUCUGUAAAAUCAAUACUCAGGAGCCUGAGGAGACUCUGGAUUUUGAUUUCUGCAGCACCAAUGUUAUUAAUAAAAUUAUUCUGCAGUCAGAGGGGCUCCGUGAAGCAUUUUCCGAAUUGGAUAUGACGAGUGAGGUCCUGCAGAUCACCAUGUCUCCUGACAAGCCUUAUUUCAGGUUAUCUACUUUUGGGAAUGCAGGAAGCUCCCACCUUGAUUAUCCCAAAGAUUCUGAUUUGAUGGAAUCAUUUCAAUGUAAUCAGACCCAGGUCAACAGAUACAAGAUUUCUUUACUGAAGCCCUCUACAAAGGCAUUAGUCCUAUCAUGUAAGGUGUCUAUUCGAACAGAUAACCGAGGAUUCCUCUCAUUACAGUAUAUGAUUAGAAAUGAAGAUGGACAGAUAUGUUUUGUGGAAUACUACUGCUGCCCUGACGAGGAAGUCCCUGAAUCAGAGUCUUAAGUAUGGCAUUUGCUGUGAUACCUAUGUGAACAUUCAUGAUCGGUCACAUUCUCAGUCUGGGUAUAUUACUCCCCAGGAUACUGGGUUUUCUAAAAGGAAGAAGCAUGGAGGAGAUAGGAACAAGGUCCGUGUACCCUAAUAGUUGCUGUGUAUUUUGUAAGUAAAUGUUUUCAUGCAGUCAUAGGUCACCCAGUACUGGCCGGUCCUCUGGUUCUGUCUUUUGAACUCAUGGGAAUCAUUUUGAGCCAAGAUGAACAAUCUAUUCAAGAAGGACUUUUUAAGAAUCUAAAGAUGUAAAGUUUGAUGAUUCCAUACCUGAAAUGUUCUUUUAUUUAUUUACUAUUAGAAAAAGCAGCAGCAUCUGGGCAUGAAUUAUUAGUUUGACUUCUGAAGACUAUCUUAACGCAGUGAUCCUUAGAGUGUGGUGCCUGGACUGAGCAUGUCAGCAGUACCUGGAGACUCGUCAGAGACGCCAGGGGUGGGCCGGCAGGCUGUAGCUGCGAUCAUUUUCCCCAGGAAAUUCGGAUGCACGUUCAGCCACUUUUUUGAAGGAUAUGGGUGUUUUGUUUUGUUUUGUUUUGCAUCAAUAGCAUUCAGUUGCAUUGAAGUGAAUGCUUUUACAUGUGAUUUCUUCCCAAAUGCUCAGAAGUUUAGGCUUUACCAAACAAGUGUGAGUAAUUAUAUGAUUUACCUUUAAAGUAUACAUUUUAAAGAAAUACAUGAACAAGAUUUAAGUCUUCAGAAUAACAGAAUUUCUUCUUCUCAGAGCUGUUCAGUGCAUGAAGUACUGUAGUAAGUACUUCUCGGAUACCCUCCAUUUGCUUAUAAGACUUUCUCAUCCAAACCAAGGUGUAGAAAAACAGUUAUCAAGUGAUUUUGCACUUUCUUGGGUCGUUUUUGAUGAAUUUUUAUGGCAAGUAAAUAUUUAAUAAAAUACAAUACUAAAAUUAUCUGACUUGUUUUGUAAUAGAAAAAUACAUAACUAAAAUAAAGUUCCUGCACCACAUGGUAA